CCCUGGGAUGUGCGCGCAGCGGCGGGCACCUGCCGGGCCGCUCCCCUAGCCCUGCCGGGGCUGGCGGUGCCCCUCGGGAAGUUUGAUGGCUUCUCUGAGGAGAGUCAAAGUGCUGCUGGUGUUAAACUUGAUCGCGGUGGCCGGCUUCGUCCUCUUCCUGGCCAAGUGCAGACCCAUCGCGGCCAAGAGCGGCGACUCCUUCCAUGACAUCCACCCCAGGGCAGAAGUGGCCAACUUGACAGCCCGCGGCAUCAGCUCCAUCCAGGAUGCAGUGCUGAAGAGACUCUCCCUCCUGGAAGACAUCGUCUACAGGCAGCUCAAUGGUCUGUCCAAGUCACUUGGUCUCAUUGAAGGCUAUGGUGGACGUGGUAAAGGUGGGCUCCCAGCCACCUUGUCCCCUGAGGAGGAGGAGAAAGCAAAAGGACCACAUGAGAAGUAUGGCUACAACUCCUACCUCAGUGAGAAGAUUUCACUGGAUCGUUCCAUCCCAGACUAUCGUCCAACCAAGUGCAAAGAGCUGAAGUAUGGCAAGGACCUGCCCCAGAUCUCCAUCAUCUUCAUCUUUGUGAACGAGGCGCUGUCGGUGAUCCUGCGCUCGGUGCACAGCGCUGUGAACCACACGCCAGCUCACCUCCUGAAGGAGAUCAUCCUCGUGGAUGACAACAGUGAUGAAGAAGAACUGAAGGCACCCCUGGAGGAGUACGUCAACAAGCGCUACCCGGGGCUGGUCAAGGUGGUGCGCAACCAGAAGAGAGAAGGUCUCAUCCGAGCCCGGAUCGAGGGCUGGAAAGCUGCCACUGGCCAGAUCACUGGAUUUUUUGAUGCCCAUGUGGAGUUCACUGCUGGCUGGGCUGAGCCGGUGCUUUCACGAAUUCAGGAAAAUCGGAGAAGGGUGAUUCUUCCCUCCAUAGACAACAUCAAGCAGGACACCUUCGAGGUGCAGCGUUACGAGAACUCUGCCCACGGGUACAGCUGGGAGCUGUGGUGCAUGUACAUCAGCCCCCCCAAGGACUGGUGGGAUGCUGGAGACCCCUCACUGCCCAUCAGGACACCGGCGAUGAUUGGUUGCUCAUUUGUUGUGAACAGAAAGUUCUUUGGAGAGAUUGGGCUCCUUGAUCCUGGAAUGGAUGUGUAUGGAGGGGAGAACAUAGAGCUUGGCAUCAAGGUGUGGCUGUGUGGGGGCAGCAUGGAGGUCCUGCCCUGCUCCAGGGUGGCUCACAUCGAGCGCAAGAAGAAGCCCUACAACAACAACAUCGGGUUCUACACCAAGCGCAACGCCCUGCGGGUGGCCGAGGUGUGGAUGGACGACUACAAGUCGCACGUCUACAUCGCCUGGAACCUGCCGCUGGAGAAUCCAGGUAUUGACAUUGGGGAUGUUUCCGAGAGAAAAGCACUAAGGAAGAGCUUGAAGUGCAAAAAUUUCCAGUGGUACCUGGACCAUGUCUAUCCAGAAAUGAGAAGAUACAACAACACCAUCGCUUACGGCGAGCUUCGAAACAACAAGGCUAAAGAUGUCUGCCUUGACCAGGGCCCACAGGAGAACCACACAGCAAUAUUGUACCCAUGUCAUGGCUGGGGACCACAGCUUGCACGUUACACCAAGGAGGGCUUCCUCCACCUCGGUGCCCUGGGCACCACGACCCUUCUGCCCGACACCCGCUGCCUGGUGGACAACGGGAAGAGCCGCUUCCCUCAGCUCCUCGACUGUGAGAAGGUGAAGAGCAGCCUCCACAAGCGCUGGAAUUUCAUACAGAACGGAGCCAUCCUGAACAAGGGGACGGGGCGAUGCUUGGAAGUGGAGAACAAGGGCCUGGCCGGGAUCGACCUGAUCCUUCGCAGCUGCACAGGACAAAGGUGGACAAUUAAAAACUUCAUUAAGUAAAGGGUGGCAGAGCCAGAGGAGUUUAACUCAAACCACAGCUGACUUGGGCUGAUCAACUGGACUCCUUUUGGAAAGGACAAAAUAUCGAACCAGAGCUUUCUUCAUGUUGGCAGGAGAGGACACGGGGGAAAUGGGCAUUUGCAUCUUUUUCUUUUUCUUGUGUAUUAGUCUCCCCCAGCUGAUUCCAGCUGUGUGAAAUUGGGUCAGAACUGCUAUUUUCUUCUGGUAAGCACCCUGAAAGGCACCCCUUGUUGCUGUUGGAACGACUGUAAGAAGCUCAUGCAGCCUGGUGAGUGUAUUACUGCCAGGAAUUGUUGCUUUCCCAGAUGUCUCCAAGCUCUCCCAAAGGGCCAAGGAGAUUUGCACCAUGACUGGAGUGGAGAGACCCUGGAUAUUCCUGGCAGGCCUGAAAAUGUAGGUGCUUCUGAGAGGAAAGAUUGCCAAGCCCCAAAUGAGCUGAGUUGGAAAGGUCGUGUUUGUUGUGUCCUCUCUCCCAUUUCCCUUUUCCCUUUCCUCUGCAUCCAGCAGCCACUUUCUUGAGUCUGGGAGAGGCAAAGCUCACCCUGGUAUCUCUCCUGGAUCUUUCCAACCCUUGAUCACACAUAUCAUCAACCAAAAUCCUCGUGAAUAAAACCACUGCUCUCCUGUUGCCCCCCCCUCCAUUGCCCACAGGCUGCUGGUGGCCAGACCAGCACCAACCAGCACCAGGCCCUCUGGAGACAUCAGAUGGGUUCCCCUUGGAAAAGAACUGGCCCGAUUCAGAUUGGGUGGAUGCACAGAUGGUGAGGAGAGGUCUCAGGAUGCUUCCAGCCCUGCAGCAGCCCAUGCAUUGCACAGCAAGAUGUUGGCCAGCUAGGAGCCUGGGAAGCUGCAGACCCCCUUGCCCUCCCAGUGGGGCCCAUGGCCUGGCAUGGUCCCUUUGGACACCCUUCUUUAUCCUUUUUUUUUGUUCUUGUAGCAGUAGAAAAUGAUGUGUUGGUGUGUGCCACAGGCUGAGAGCAGGUAAGGUGAGAGAAAGUCCUUCUAGGGCUUCCUUUCCAUGCAGGCUGUAGGGUUUGUUUUAGGGCAUCCCUGCUCUGAAUGAAGACCUCAGGACUGGUAGUCUCCAUAACUUCAUAGCAGUGUAGUUCUUUUCCUGAGGCUCAGGCACAUCUCAUCUGCUUGGUCAGCCUGUCACCAUGGUCCAUGCCAUGUUUCUGCAGUCCUUCAUGGAUGAUGGGAAAGUAAGGAAGGGAGAGGCAGGAUAAGAGACCCAUAAAUGGCAGUUUGGAUGAGACUGUUGACCUUGAAGGCACUUGAGGCUUGUUAAUACAGUGAGAUGAUCCCACCUGCUUUUUUUGUCCCACAGCUGCCAAAUGUACCCAGCUGUCAUGGGAGAUCAUGAGUCCUGCUAUCUGGCUACCUGGAAAAGGGAAAUGUGGUCUGGCAAAGUUGUUUUACACGGAUAUCAGAGUGAUGGGUGGAUACAGGCUUCACUCAGUGGAGAGGAGAAGCCAGCCCAUCUCCUGUCCUUCUGAUGGAAUAAUACUCUUUCUGGCUGCCCUCUGGCUAGGGUGCACUAAAAUAUAUUAAUAUAUGAACUAGGCCUGUAAAUAUGUUUCCCAAAGACAGGACGUGCCCAGAGUUGUUUGCUGCAGAGCACCCCUGCCUGUCUUCCAUUUGCAUCAGGAUGAAGCUACCUGGAUGUUUAAUGAGUUUAAUUUUCAAUGCCAUGCAGCAGGUUUAUAAUUGAUCUUUUAGUAAUUUAUUGAAGAGAAGCAGAUAUAUUUCAUUGUUCCUUCUGCAGCAAGGAGCAUCACCUAGGACUGAUUGUUCAUUUAGGCUUGACAAGACUUCCUCGUCCACUGGGGUUGUCUCUGAUUUUUUUUCCCCUUGCCUUCCUUAAUGAAUUAAAACCUCUCAGUUUUCCUGAAUUGCAAAGUAGGGAGUCCAAGUAGAACUUUGCUCUCCUAUUCACUCUUGCAUCAUCUCUUGUGUAAUAAAUUUUAGCACUUACCAAACCAACAUGAUCACAAUGUCUUUAGCUGCAUGAUAUGUUGUCCCUUGCAUUUGUUGCUGCCUCCUAAGAAAAGCAAUUUGCUGAUCAAGUGCACUCCAGGGAAGUCUGGGGGAUUUGAGACUUCACAGCUAAUGGUCAAAGCAGUAAAAUGCCCUUUAAUUGAGCAAUCAGUUUCUGUCAGUCAUCAGUGGAAGCCACACACUGUGUCGAGUUGGGAAAAGCCUUCGUGAUUGGGGAUAAGCAACCACAAAGCCCUUGGAUGGUGCCUGUGCUGUAACUCACUAUUCCCAAGUCAGCUCUAGUCCUGCCAGCACUCAGGGCACCAACAGAUGGACUUUGUCACAGCUCAUCCUGGUGGUAUAAGGUGCCACCACCCCCAGCCUUCCAUCUGCAUCACUGCUGGAGAUUUCUGCCCCUGUCACCGGCAGCAGAAAUGAAUGUGCGGCUGCACCUUGGCUGCUGGGAUCCACAGGACGUGCUUGUGCCACCAGGCAGGAGGGACUUGCUCUGUUUAACCCACAGGAUUGUCAGACAAAGUCACUCUGGAAUGGCCUUGUGGCUCCACAAGCCUGGGCAGAAGCAGGAUGGACCAUCAAGCAUCUCCAGCUGCCUAGGUGGCACUUGUGCUGCUCAUUGGAGGUGAUGGACGUGUCCUCGGGGGCUUGUCCUCUGGUGACACAAGACAACCUGCUGAUGGGGAUCCCACUGGUGGUGGGGAUCCCACUGGUGAUGGGGAUCCCACUGGUGAUGGGGAUCCUGUUGGUGAUGGGAAUCCUGUUGGUGAUGGGGAUCCCACUGGUGAUGGGGAUCCUCUUGGAGAUGGGAAUCCUGUUGGUGAUGGGGAUCCUGUUGGUGAUGGGGAUCCCACUGGUGGUGGGGAUCCUGUUGGUGAUGGGCUUUUUUGAUCCUUUUAAAAACCUGAAGGUUCAGUUCUGUGUUCCCUUCAUGCUCCAUAUAGAAAGCAAAUGUCUGAAUAUCCAAAAGGAAGGGGGUGGUGGAAAUAAACACUUGUCUCCAGCACCCUCAGGUGGGGCAGAAACCUUAUGGAGGUGGUUGGUCCGUUCUCACUGGGGUGCCAAGAAAUCUCUCAAAUGACUGAAAAGAAGCAGCAUGAAUAAAAUCAGGAUUAAAAGCAAGAAUUUCAUCUGCUGUGCUCAUGUACCUGAAGUUCUGUUCCGACACUGGUGUGUGACAUGCAGAGAUGAUUGCUGAGGAGAUGACCUGGGGUCUGCACCCUCCUAAACCGUAGGAAUCUGUCUUAGAAAUCUGGAUCUAAAUGUUGCAUCUUGCGCUUAUCUCUAAUAAUAUGUUAAUUGCUUUUAAAAGUGAUCUCAAAGUGGUUCUUAUUAAAUAUAUGAUUUGA